CCUGGUUCAAGAACUGAUGCUAAUGCAUUGUAUGGGAAUAUUUAUUCUGAUCUAUCCAUUGCAAAGGCUAAUCUGAAAAAUUCCCAUCGAGAUAGCGUCAAAAAUUAUACGGACAUCGGCGCCGAGUGGAACUGUACGAUGAUAUCACGUAACGUUUAUCAACACAUCUUCGGCUCGUAAAUAUCACAAGUUUUUUCCGUUAGUUCACCAUGGCUCACGAGGAACAAGAAUCGUCUUCGACUCUUAAAAGCACAAUCUCAGAUACUGGUAAGAAUAUAUAUUUUAUGUAGACUCCUGUUGAAAGGGUAAUGUGAGAAAAUGAAAAAUGUUCCGCUUAGAUCAUUUUAUGUAUGUUGGUGACGUUGUCCAACACGCUAUUAAAAACGAGUACUUAUAAAGAUUGAAUGAAGUCACUGCUGAAAUCAUAUCGUUAUACGAUAGUCUGUUUUUCUUGGACAAUAAGCGUUUUCAGUUUAGAACUUCUUUAUAUAAUAAACAUUUGCGUAGUACCUUAAAUAAAGUUCAUCUCAUGGAGAAAGUGCCUAAAUGUUUAUUUUAUUCUUCAUCGAUCUAUCCCGUUCGAACACGCAGAGAAAAUAAUUAUCAGGAAUAUAUUUAUGUGGUCAAACGUGAAUUAAAUAACUGUAUAAUUGUUGUGCUUUUGUCUCCUUGAAGAAGUAAUAAGAAUCUCAAAUAGAAUCACUAAGAAAUCUCUGGGUUUCAUCUCAACCUCUAAAAAUCGAGGAAAAAAUUAGAUAAAGACUUUGUUGUCAUGUUGUAAGUUACAUGUCGUGAAGCAGUGAAGCAUGAAAAAGUAAUUUAUUCAUUUGAUUCGUCUGCUGUGUUUUUAUGUUCAUGUGCUUGUACAGUUUUACAUGCAGGUAUCGUUACUACAUGUACAUCUUUUCCCUAUCGGUGAUCUUCUCUGAUUGAAAAGCUUCUAGUAAGUCUUCAUUGAACCAAAAUGACAGCGUACCAAAAACAAAAACAAAAAAAAUUGACGUUCUUGUAAAUAUCGCCGAGACAUUUUCAUCCAUAAAAAUCCAUCUCCAAACAGUCACUAAUCCAUCGUUAAUUUCGUUCAAAACAACCAUCAUAUACCGCUCCAAAAUAGUGUACAACUAUACAUAUUUUCAUUAAUUUAGGGCUGUGUAUUUUGACUCUAUCAUUAUAGCACUGCGAGAGACUGAGUAAUCGGGAUAGCUUUCUAGCUCGAGUCGUAGUUCCAUGAGGUAAUUUAAAAAUUAAUGUCCACUUCAGUUUUUGGUUGCGAUUUUUAACAUGUUUUGAUAAAAGCAAAACGUGAGGGGACAAAUAAUAUUGGUUCUGAGAAAAAAGAUUUCAAAUGUGAUAUCGCAUGGAAAUAAAUUAAUGAAAAUAUGCUACCUAAUAUUGCUUUUUCUUUUCUUCUUCUCACAACAACAACAAAAGAACGUAUGGAUAAACGAAAGAAAACAGAAAUUUCAUUAUUUUGUUGGGAAAAAAGAAAUCUAUAUAAAAAUCAAGACAGAAAAAAUAUAUAAGAAAUUAAGAAAUGAUGGAGGUUUAAUAUUCAAAUUAGGAUUAAAUUUUGAGCUGGUAAAUGCAAAGAAAAUAUUCUGCUUGCUUUUGAGGCUGAUUGUGAGUACCAAAGUAUGGUAAAUAAAUUUUAGGUUAAAAUUACCUUUUAAUGAUAGUAUUUAGUUCUAUGUAAUUAAGAUUUUAAAUGUCAAGCUCAUUGAUCAUCGUUGUAUAUUUAACAUGAAUUUAUUCAUGAUUGUCUGAAAUAUAUACAAAGAGUUAGGGGUGAUGAUAACUUUAAUAAAAUUCAGUAAAAGUAACAUUUCUUUUUAAUAAUAUACAAACACAGAUGGAUGGCAUUAUUCCUUGCAACUUUGGAAAGUUUGAAUCUUAUCUUUCAAUGAAAUUUUGUCUUAACAUUUCCUCAGCCUUUUAUAAGAAGCCAGCUUUUAUUAAGUCCAGAGAAAUGCUUAGACACCAUGACCUUGUGCGAAUCAUGAGUUUGACAGCCAUGAUCUUAAACGCUUUUAUUUCCAAAAAUGAAUGAAAAUUUUCACCCCAAGAGAAAAUUAUUAUAUUUAAAUGUUAAAGUUAAUUAGACUGGCCACUGUUUUGACCUGUCAUCUGCAUGAACUUUGAAAUUUCUUAUGCAAGUUACUUUGCAUAAGUCGGAAAAAUAAUUUCAUUACUAACACCCCCUCACCGAAAACGAUGUGACCCUCCCAUUUUGAUCCCUGAAGUAACCAAAAUGAUUCUUUUUUUUACCCUAGUUUGAGUCGCUCCUUGACUGGCUUUUGUAGAUCAGCCUGCAAAGUACAGACUCAAAACAUAAGCAUAAUGAUAAAUUUAUUAUUCACUAAACUAGGAUGUGUGAGUUUGUAUGUAUUGCAUACCUAUAUUCUUGCAGUAAGUAAAAGCAAGCUUGUAUGUGAAUCACAUGAUGUUGGCUUGUAUUUUGUUAUUUUCUUGUUUACCUUCUGUAUAAUUGUAUAGUAGGCACUGGAUAGUAUGUUUGAAUCUAGUGGUGACAAAACCCUCUCUUCCCAAGAAGGGUAGUACAUUUAUUUUGAGGGGUACAUUAGUUGCCUUAGUGAGAAGCUAUGAUAUCACUUAUAAUCUUAAAUCUUUCUGUUCUUUUUCUUAUUCAGCUUUAUUUAAAAAAGUCAUGGGCUUCUACAUUUAUAGUCAGAUAAAAAUAAUUUGUUCAUUGGUUUUGGGGAUCCUUCUAUAUGAAAUUGACAGGUAUGCUCGUUGGAAACAAUCUGGGCAAGGUUCACGCAGGCUUUAGGAGACCAUGUGGUCCAACAACUCUCUCCUUUCCACUGGCCUCUCUGUGUCGUAGGGGUGCAGGGGAGAGCGAAAAAUUGAAGAUUCGUUGUGGACGCGCCUACAAUUAAAAUUACUCGCUAUUUUUAAGUCUAUUUUUAUUGGAAUACCACCGGAAGCUAGCUUCUUAUGCUGGGGGAGAGCUCAAGCACAGUAUGAUGACAUUGUUAUUUUUUAUUAGGUUGUUCUUUUCGUGCAACCCCAAGCUAUAUCCUUCAUCGGUAAAAUAUUGGCUUUCGGUCCAGGACACCCUAAGUUAGACUAAAACCAGGAAUUUCUACCCCAAAGCGUGACGACGAGCAUCCCCGUCAUUUUUUAUAUGGAUUCAUAUGGAGUUCCCCCACCCCCCACCAGCGCCCCCCUGCCCCCGAUUCCCAGUAGCAAACGUCAUGAUUUCUCGUCCCGUGUGAGUCUUUUCUUGGUUCCCGACAAGCAAGAAGGUCUAAGCAAAGCGUUGUUGAAAGGUUCUAUUUUCUACCGACAAAGAUUUCUUCACCGCGACCGCUUCAGCAAUGCAUGCAAGAAAAGGGAUGUCGCGUGUAAUUGGCAAGAUUUGUCGAGCGUGAAAUUUAACCGUGAUCCGGGAUUCGUGGUUAAUUUCUCCAAACAAACACAUAAUACAUGCCUUACUGAAAGUAUAUUGUUACGUGAUCUGUUUGGGAGAUUACAUAUGAGGAGAGUUUUGGUGUGAUUUUUUGCCGAGUAUAAAGGUGCUUUUUAUAGCUCUGAAGCACAAUUUGCGGAAACGGGAAGCAACGUCAAAGUUCAAGAACCAUUGGUGUUAAAAGUACAGUUCGAAACUGGAAGGCCGCCAUGUUGUUCCUACCAAAUUUGUGUUGAGGUUGAAGCAAGUUGAAGAGGAAGUAACCAGUCAUCGACGGUAUAAAUAAGUAAUGAGCUGAGUUAUGCUGAAGAAGAAAACCAACCGGCUUUCUUUCUUUGGUAAGGAACGAUGUUUUUGUUUUUCAUUUUGCCAAUAACGAUAAAAUUGUUUGCACAAUCACGGUUUCGCGUGUUUUUCGCGGGUUUCUCGAAGCUGAUUCUUAGAUAUUUCCAGAGGGUUUUCCUUAUUUUUGAUGCUGUUCGCCGCCGUUCGUAUUCUGAGGUUUAGCCCGCCGUUCUGUUAGAUUUCUACUUUAAUUUUAAAGUUAAAUGAUAAAUCGACUGGAGGAUACUUUAAGAUCUUUUAUUAAUUAAAUAAAUAAGCUUAAGUAGGUUUUUUUUCUGCCUGGGUGAAAUUAGAUUAUUCAAUGCUCAUAACGUAUAUUUAUUCUUUGACGUCAACAUUUUAACUUCUGACAAUUUUUUCUGUCAGACUAAUUAGCCGCGUGAACAAGGGAUUCGAGCCCUAGGUAGAGGAAGAUAGAGGUCUUGGUUUUUUACACACAGGGAAAAUCCCAGACAGUGAUAAGAGAGGAUUUCUGGUUAGACUAGACAGACGCUGUGUAGAUUAACUCAAAAGCUUUAUAAUAACAAUUCGUAGAUGGUUGCUGAGAACUUUUUAACAUAAUCAGGAACUAUAUUUUUCUAAUUUUAACCAGAUUUCGGAGGGCUAGUGCUCAUUUGUGUGCCAGUAUGACGUUGGAAGCUUGUUGUGUGUCUUAGCUUCACACUGUAGAAUGCCUCCUGACCAUGUUUUCAUCACGUUAUUUACUCAAAUAAGUGCCCAGGUGCUUAAUGAAGGUGGCUCAACUGGGUUUUCCAGGGACAAUACCUCCCACGUUUUAAGUAUUGACAAAGAUUUGGAAAAGUGAUAAUCACAGUUGCAUUAGAAGGGAGUUUGUUGUUAUCAGUGCUGGGGGUCGGGGGGGCUCCAUAUAUGGGCCAAAUAGUUAUGUGCCACCCAUAAGGGUUUUGUUUUUGAGGGUUCGAACCUUAAAUAGGGUUUCAUUUUUACCCAUUUUGGCGUCAUGUUCUCCCUGUUUUCCUUAGAUAGGGUACCUAAAUAAUAUUGUUAGGCUAGAAUUCAAGUGCCUAAAUGCCCAGCUACAAAAGAAACAAUUUUUUUGUUAAUACUGAGCUAUCCUUUAGAGUACUAGGAAAGUGAUUUAAUGAAUUCUAUUUUUUCCACCUUGAAUAGGGUGUCAUUUUUCAGGUCUGGGCAUUAAAUAGGGUUCAUUUGUCUCAUCUUUAAACAAGGUCAGGGUUAAUUAAGACCCUCUUUAGCACACGCCUAUCCAAAAUUUAUGGGGGUGCCCCUUAUCCCCCCUGUUGGGUAUAAGUGUUACGUUGACUUGGAAGUUGUUAUAGCAAUACAAUGAUGUCAUUAUCUAUUUUACUUGUAGCCAUAAUUAUUUCUCUCUUCUUGCAAAGUCUUGGAUUUACCUCUCUUUCAAUCUAUCCAGAUCCAAUGGUUAAAAGUUACACAUCAAUAUUUCUGUCAUGAAAAAUAUUGUUCAUUGUGGAUCAUGUGUAUGAAGGGUGUUGUUAAUAGUUUGCCUAGCGACUGUCACUUAGAUAUUGAUCGCCAUGUUUCAACAGCUUACUGCAGGUGUUCUUUAGGUGAUGUUGUUGAUUUACUGAGUAGGACUAUUUGUACCACCAUGGUUGUUAGUGAUCGGUGUAUCAUGAACCUCGCUUAUUAUUACGCGGUCAAAACAUUCCGAUGAAUAUCUAAGGCCUGUUUCAAAUGUCGUGCUACUGCCGUGCUAAGCUGGCUUGACUGUAGCUCGACUGAAGCACAACACUAGCACAACUUGGUUUCAGACGUCGAAUUUAAUUCACACAAUGACAGUCAAAUGGAACGGCUGUUGCCAAAAACAAAACACAAAAAUAAAGGAAUGGCUUAGCAAACUUUUGAAUAUAUUGUAAUGUAUUUAUAAUUUAUAAAUUGAGUUCGGCACGGCGAUAGCACGAAGUUUGAAACCAAGUCGAGCUACUGCCCUGUAGCACGGCAAGACUUGCCAUGCUACACGGCAGUAGCACGACUUGGUUUCAAACGUCGCGCUACUGCCGUGCUAAAGUCUAAUUUAAUUCGAUCAAUUGAGUUCAGCACGGCAGUAGCAUGACGUUUGAAACAGGCCUAAGUGACAAUCUUGAGACGAACAAUAAAUGAAAUUAUUUAUCACUAACCCUUUAACCCUUUUUGUCAGUAGUUAGCAUAAUUUUAAUUUUGUUUUCUCUUUAAAAAUAAUGUCAGGACCUGGUGCUAGUUAUGAAGAACCCAAAAUUAAGGCCAUUGACAUAGCUGCUCUUCUACAAGAAAAAUAUGCUUUCUUGUCUGGUAAGUAAGGUGUUGAGCUUUAAGCAGUACAUGGGUUGAAAGAAUAUAGUUUUAUUAAUUUAACUUGAAAAAGAAGCCGCUUUUUCUGAGUAAAGUAGCUGCCACUUUUUCUUGGCCAUUCCUCAGUGCUUAAUGAAAGCAUUGGGUCAUUGGUUUUAUGCCAAGAUAUCAUGGCACACAUAAGUGACAAAUCUGUCAAACCUGUUUUAUAUUGUGUUUUAUAAUAAUUUUGUUGUAUGUGAACAAUCUUGAUGUAAAGCUUCGACUUACUUGUUUACUUUAAGCACCUUAUUAACAUUAUUGUAACAUACAAUAGAACCCUCCACCAUGGUUUUUUCAACUUUUGACUGGGACCAGAUACCAAAAAUCUAGCUGCAUGGCAUAAAGGAAUGCCUUUAAAUUUUUUUAGUGAAAAUGCCAAGGUUGAACAUGAUUAUUUUGGUGUGAAAACUGAUAAAGAUAUAGUGCCGCAAAGUCACCUAAUUAUACAGGCGUUCAUAUGGUGGGGGAAAAGUUUGUGUCCCCCACCUAAUGUGUGAAAAAUACUAGUUACACUUAAUUUAGUUACUUGAUACUACUGUAAAAUCCUUUAUUUUGUAACUUUUAGGGGCACAAGCUAAGAAUGGAUGUCUUUUCAUCACAAUGCCUGAACACCCAAAGUUUGGAAGCCUCAGUGAUAGAGAUACUGAAAGAAUUUUCAAAUAUCUUGUUGGAUUGGCCAGGUACCUGGGCAUUGUUUUUAAUUUUUUGGGGAAAGAAGUCACUGUUGAUAGUGUUUGACAAGUCUGCUAUUCUGUACACUCCAGUUAAGUCGAAUGCUUUCUUUUUUAAAUGGAAGGCUUGCUGUGGGUGUAACCAAAAAUGUUUAAUCAGUGGGAGUUAAGAAUAUUUUUUACUCUUGUGGACAACACAAUGUUGUUGUUGCCAAGUGUUCCCUGUCCCUGCCCACUUCAUUUUUCUUGGUCACCCCUCUUUAUUUAAUAUUUGUUAUUAGAAAAGUUGGAACAAAUGACGACAAACAGGGGUUACUUUCGACACCAACUGUCUAUAAUCCUGCAUAAGUGCAGGUGUUACUAUUCAUUAAUGAAGCAUCAGUAUUAAAUACUAGUCCUAUAUUGAUGUUUUUAAUGUGCCCUUAUUGAGAUAUAAUGUAUAAUAAUAAUAAUAAUAAUAAUAUUUAAUACUUAUAUUGCACUUUUUCUAUAAAAAUACUCAAAAGCGCAUUACAAUAUUAUUAAUAACUAAAUUAAAAACCAGUAAAAUUACCCGGUAAAAUUACAAUAUUUAAAAAUAAAUAAAUAAAUAAUCUAACUAAAAGCCUUCUUAAAUAAAUAUGUUUUAACAGAGCGUUUAAAAGAGUCGAUUGAUGUUUCCUGUCUUAUUGGCAGAGGAAGACUGUUCCAUAAAAAGGGGGCAGCCAUCGAUAACGCGCGAUCUCCCAAAGUCUUCUUCGUUCUUAGCCGAGGUCUUUCUAGCAAUAUACCAUUAUUGUUACGGCGUAGCUGGUAACGUGAGUCCGGUAAGACAGAGACAAGAUCCUUAAGAUAGCUAGGCGCAACACCGUGAAGAAUCUUAAAUGUAUGAGGCAUUAGGCUGUUUAAGACAUGCGUCAAAAUUAAGACAAGAAGAACCACAACAUCCAUAUCCCUGGAUGAUUCCUGAUGUAAGGAAAGCAUUUUAACUGGCAACAAAAAAAAGUCAGAAAAUAUGAAAACAGCUCCUGGCUGCUCUUUUACUAUUAGAAAUCCAGGCAAGAAAUGUUUUUUACAAAACUUGGCUCAAUGUUUAAGUUGGUGGUCAAUGUUUUAUUGAAUAUAUCACUGUCUUGAGGUUUAUAAAUGCUGUAUUUUUGCCUACCAUUGCAGCAGAGAAAUGCUCCAGAAAGGUUUUAUGUUGGUUCUUGACAGAAGAAAAGAGAAAUGGGGCGCAGUAAAAUCCUGUCUUCAGAAAGUACAGGUACUGCUGAAAUAAAUCGUGAAUUAAAGUACCGUAAAAUUCCGCAAAUAAGCCCCUCCAUGUAUAAGCCCCUCCAAAGCCCCCCCAAACCAGUAAUACCAAAAACCCUGCGUUAAAUCGCCCCUCCAAAUAUAAGCCCCGGGGGCUUGUACUUGGAAAAUUGCCCUCAAAUACAAAGUAAAGCAAAACAAAAACGGUAAAUUUACUUCCAACUAUAAGGCUAGCUCAAUCGAUUUUGAAACGCAAAUUUCCCUCCGUAGAUAAGCCCCUCCAAAAAUAAGCCCCUCGAAAAGGACCUUUGAAAAAUAUUAGCCGCGGGGCUUAUUUUCGGAAUUUUACGGUAUAAUUCAUGGUACAGUUGAAUCAACCUCAAUAAUUAUUAAUCUAGACAUAGCAAUCAGUAAUACCAAUGCCUGGUAAAUUCCAGCUUGUCCUUUGGGCAAGCAGCUAUAUUUAUUUAAAUAACAGUAUUCUUGUUAUUUUUUGCUUUUUUCUUAGAAAUGCUUUCCAGCUAAAAUAAGCAUUGUUUGCCUGUUGAAGCCACAAGGGUUUUUUCAAAAGUAUUCCAAGCCAGGCUUUGUCACAGAUGGCAUAAUUGGAGAUGCCAAAAUUCAGGUGUGGUAAAGGCUUUUGAAGUGUAAUCUUACUCAAAAACAAGAAAUGUGGAAUGGUAAAUAAAUCUGUAGCUUCAGGUAUAAUUGGUGAAAAAGGAGGGAGGGCAAAAAUUGUGAUAGUAUUUUGUGUUCUGAACUUUAGAAUAAAACAAAGAUUCAAUUCACAGGAAAGAAAAACGUAUUGCACACAAGCUUUCAAUUCAAUCAUGGAGUCUUUAUCAAGGGAUGGGAUUGGAUGUUUUGUCACGUGAUUUACACUGUGAAUCACCUAACAAUAUGCCGCGGUAGAUUGCGGGGAGCUUCUAACCAGUUAGUAACCCACCCCACAACAGUAGUCAUUGCCCCAUAUCCAGUCAUAGUAAUGAGCCCCCACGGUUUCAAUUUGAGCUUCCUCCCUAUUAAAAUAUUUCUAAUUACCGGGGCCUAGCCGAAGGCUGGCACCAGUCAUAAAAUGCAACGCGUUUCUGUGUUUUCAAAGUUACAUUGUUAGGGAUAUAUCGCUGACUGAGAUAUAUCGCUGGCUCGUUACUUUUGGGAGUGUUUGCUGAGAUAUAUCGUUGGUUCAGAAAUUUGAAGUAUGGAGCAACAACUGUAACCAUGCAAAUAUUAAUUCGAUUAGUUUGCACACGGAAUGGUUUAAUGCGACUAUAUUUACCACUUAUCAAUAAAUGAGAUCCCUGUCUAUUGCAGAAUAUUGUUACAGUAUUCAUCCUAGCGAUGACAAAGCUUGGUCGACGUAGGCUGUGUACACUACAACAAAGCAAAAAUCUUAACUUAUUAAACUUGCAUGCGCCAAGCUUUGUUUAUACGUUUCAAUACCUUACAAUUAGCACUCCCAACAGGAAACUUCAUCAAAUAUUUUCCGACAAACAAUUAAAACUCAUUAGGAGGAAGUCUAUCACUGCUUUGACUUAUGAAGCAACAAAACAAAAUAUUUUCAAAUAACCUUUGUCACGGAAUAUUUACGUUAGCGAGAUGCACAAAUUCUCAACUGUUCAAAAUGCGGGAUUCCCUAACAUUUUGUCUUUUCACAUUAUUCAUUAGAUGUUGAUGUAGAAUUUUUAUGUUUUUCUCCUUGGUAUUCUUAGCUACUUUGGAUUCUUGUUGCUAAGAAAUAUCUUAUUAUUAUGUGAUCGAUCUGAACACGUGACUGAGAACUGCGUAACUUGACAACCUAGGAUUGGGAGUUGAACCCUCAUCUAUUGUUCUGGAGUUUUAAUUACAUGUGACCUUUGCUGCAACGCAGUCAUUCGUUCUAACACACUCGCCAUGCGAACAAAUUAGCUUUUCCCUCCUCCUCCCCUUGCCCUUUCCUCUUUCCUUAUUUGCAUUAAACCAUUGCUAGGGCGUUUUUAUGCCCUCACCUUUACUGGACAUAAUUGUUUACCUUUGUGAUUUAGAAGUAUAUUGAAAUAAUUCAGAGAAAAUUAAUUAUUCAUUAAAUAGGCUUACGGAAUGGUCAAUGCGACUAUAUUUGCUACUUAUCAAUAAAUGAGAUCCUUGUGUAUUGAAAAAUAUUGUUACAGUAUUCAUCCGCUUAGUCGCUGCUGAACUGUGUACACUACGAUCUUAACAUAUUAAACUUGCAUGCGUGAAACUUUGUUUGUGCGUUUCAGUACCUUACAAUUCGCACUUGCUACAGGAAACGUCAUCAAAUAUUGGCCGACAAAUAAUUAAGACUCAUUACAAGAAAGUGUAUCACUGCUUUGACUAAUCAAAAACCAAAAAAGACUGUUUCACAUAACCUUUGUCACGCAAUAUUUAUGUUAGUGACAUGCGAAAACUCUCAGCUGUUCAAAAUGGGGGAUUCCCUAACAUUUUCUCUUUUCACAUUAUUCAUUACACCUUGUUUUCAUCUCUAAAGAAUAUUUGCAAUAAAAAAGAUUUUCAUGUCGCCCGACAAACUUGUUGAUGAAAACGACCCUUCCACGUGGGUUGCCAAGACAAAAGUGGCCCCGGUAAAAUUCACGAAGUGAUUCUUGUUCUUUUAAUUAUGUAAUUUGCAUUGCCUAUGACCUAAUGUAUGCCGUGUUUUGAUGGAAUGACUGAUUUUUUUCUGGCAGAUAAAUAAACUCAAACUGAAACUUUCACAACCCCGUUCUUCAAACAUUUUUCUCAUUUUUCAGAUGAUGAGGAACAAGGAACUUGCUUUUGAAUCAUGACAUUGUCACCUUUUUUAUUGUUUUAGCAGUAAUGGGAAAAUUAGUUUUCAGGAAUCUAUUAGCAGUCAAAACAAAGUCAGUACCAAGUAUCUCUAUAAAAAUAUUUACAAAAUAAAUAUUUACUUGUAUGGCAGUUUUUAAUCAUUAUUUUGUCGUCGAUCAGUUAUCUAGUUCUUGAAUCAAACCUUUGUCUAAAGGCUCUUUCUUUUUUUACCUUCAAAAUUUAGGUUGUCUCUCUUGGUUCUCCAAGUGAUUUGGAGGGAUACAUUGAUAAAUCCAUGCUUACUGAAGAAUUAGGAGGUACCCUACAGUAUAAAAAUGCUGAAUGGGUUCAGUUUAGAACAGUAAGUUUUUAUGAUGUAAAUCUGUGAACAAACCAAGGUUAACUUUGUGUUCGAUCUGUGAAAAAAUGUUGAAUAAUGCUAUUUAUGUAUAAAUACAAUGAUGUAUAAUAUUUUCUAACAGAAUAGCCUUAAUCAUCCUAAUGCCUUCCUUGGUUGAAAUACGUGAAAUAUUUUUUUGAAUCAGCUAGUGGGCUUCAGUAAAGGAUUUUAGCCAGGAAUUUACUCACUGUAAAAAGGCAUAGUACUUCAAUUCUUAAGCCAAGAAUUCCUGAACCAAGAUGUCAAAAAAGGGAAUUAAUUUUCUCUCUAAAAACUUAGGGUCAGUUAUUUAAAGGGUCAGGUUCACAGUUAAGAACAUGCUCAUUAAUUAAAUUACUUUUUCCAAUUUAUUAUUAAUUCUAUCGGUUAAUAAAAAUCCCACUCACAUGUAUGUCAGCGAUGUCAGAGUGUGUAAAUUCACUCAGAGUGUAUUUCAAAGUAGAAGUGCAUUUCAGAGUAACCUGAAGUAGGAUGGAGGAAUACUAAAAUAGCAGAGAAAAUUAGUGGAUUAUGCCAAUGCUACCAACAUUGAAUUUAUAGUUGAUAAUAAUCCCACUCACAUGUAUGUCAGCGAUGUCAGAGUGUAAAUUCACUCAGAGUGUAUUUCAAAGUAGAAGUGCAUUUCAGAGUAACCUGAAGUAGGAUGGAGGAAUACUAAAAUAGCAGAGAAAACUAGUGGGUUAUGCCAAUGCUACCAACGUUGAAUUCCAUAGUUGAUUAAUUUACAGCUAUUUGCAAAUAAUUAUUUAAGCUGAUCAAGUGCGAGUGAGUGCCAGGGGAGUGUGCAGAUUGGUUUUUUGACAACAUUAUGACAUGAUCAUAUUGCUUGCAUAGAUCAUAAAGCAUGUAUACCAGUAGAAAACAGUAUUUUGAUAAAUGAGCUUGCGCUGAACUGUAAACCUGUCCCUUUAAUCAAAGCCUAACUUAGGCCGUGGUUCAAGAAAUUAUUGGACCUCUGGAUUUCUUUCUUUGUGUGUUAUAAUAUGAAAAUAAGUGCUUUUCCAGUCUACACUUUAUGCUUUAAUGAAUUUGUUCAUGAUAAAUGUUGCUUAGAUAAAAGCAUUGGGCAAAUUGAAACUGGCUUAGACUGCAGUUUUGUUAAACAUGGGGUAAACUCAGUUUAAAUAACCAGCCCUUAGUGUCCAAAUUAGAACCCUGCAGCUUCUCUUCUCUCGCCUUUUUCCACGAGUUCACCCCUUCAAUAAUAUUGUGAUUAUAGUCUUAUAAGAAUAAGCCUUGUUCUGAUUUUAACGCCCACUAACUACAUGUAACUAUUUUUUAGGCAAUUGAAAGGUUUCAGAAAAACUUACUUUCCUUUGAUGAGAGGAUGAAAAAACUACGGCAGACUUUCAUGGGAACAAAACUUUCGUCAAACAUUUUUGAAAUGGAACAAACUAUAGAAACACAAGAAGAAAUGUGGCAGGAUGUUAAGGAGGACAUUGUUAGUGCACGCCAAGCGGGUGUUACCUUACUGGACUGUAUUACAGUGCAUCGUAAAUGCAGAGAGGACAGUGAUAAGUUUACUCCUGAUGUGAAGGCAAAUGCUGCAGAACUUAAAGAAGCAUUAACACAACUUGAGGAUUUGGAAAAUAACUUUAGCAGGUUCUGGAAAGAACACAAGCUAAAAAUACAGUAUGGGCUGAAAGUGUGUUUGUUUGAGAGGGAAAUGAGCCAGGUGUGAAAUUUGUUGUUGUUGUGACAUGCAAAAUACGGGUACAUGUGUAUUUGGCAGCUAUUACUCAAUUUUGAAAAUACAGACUGAACUCAUAAGAGUAAAUUUGCUAACACUGCUGUGGUGGUCUCUUUUCAUUACCUCAUUUUCCAUUUGAAGAGACAUUGUUCCAGUAGAUGGAUACAUUAAUGUAUGUACCCUGCGAGCACAUUUUUCUUUCCUGCAUAUGGCUUUUAGCAUUUGCGAAGUUUUUGCGUGGCUUGUCUGUCCUGUAGUUGGAUUGUUAGGUCUUGCAAAUAACUUUGCAAUGCUUAAAAACCAUGCAAGAGAGAAACCUCUACUUGCAGGGUAUGUUAUGUAUGUGGAGUGAAAAGGCAUUGUGCCCUGCGAGAGUGGAGCUCAUCAUUAAAAUGAUAGUGGUGCUCAUUAUUUCUUGUAGGGGGCACUUGUAUAAUGAAUAUUUUUUUAUUGUUGGUAGAAGUAUUGAACAUUGAAAAUCACACUUUCGGAAAAUGCAAACAUGAAUCUGUCACUUUUACUACGGAAACAUUCAAUAUAAAAUGUCACAAAUUUGCAUAACUUUGAAACAACUGGCAUUUUUAAAAUUUCAUCUUAUGGUAACUUCAUUACAACAUUUGCAUGCUUAAUCUUGGCAAGAAAUUACAAUAGUCCCAGAACUAUAUCUGUGAAAGUUUUAACUAUGCCUGUGGCUGCUGAAAGAACCGUACGUGCUGUAAAACACUUCUAGCACAAAACAAACAGUGACAAAAAGUGCAUGUGCUGAGAAGUCGCUACACAACAUUACGACUGCCUUGAAGAACAAUUUUUUUUUGCAAGCAUGUGGUUUUUGUACCGUCUAUAGAGUGUUUUCACCAUGACAGUGUCAAAUUCUAAAAUCAAAAUAGCGAGGCCCUCUGAAUGCUCAUAAAUUAUAUACCAGGUUGAAUGGGACCAAAAAAUAAAUCUUUGUAGAAGUUUUCAGCACCGUAGCAUCUUUCAUUUUGAACAUACAACAUUUUGAAUUUCCAAAUUUUCACAGUGCGUGACACCACGGUGGUAGCCUCAGCAGAGAUGUCUGGUUAAAGAAAAGCUAUCUCCUUACGAUUUUCAGCAGUUUAUACAUUUUAAGCAGUGCAAAAUGUGGUUAUGCGAAUGCUAAUAUGCUUACAAGCAGAAAGAAAGCAUUUUUAUUGCAAAAGUGAAAACCUGAUGUCUUUGUUGAUUUCUGUCACCAUAUUGGUGUCCCAUGUUGGUACACCAGCAUGGCAUCCCCAUACAAAGCUCUAUAAACUUGCGUGAAACGUAUUAGUAAACAACUAAAAAAUGGUGUGCCGCACAGACCUGAGACUUUUUUCAUUCAUUGGUUUCAAAGUUAUUUUUUCAUUGCAUGACAGUGAUUCAAAACACUCUAUUAAUUGCCAGUAAGCUCAUGUCCUCUCAGAGGACUAUUUUUAUAGAUGUGUCACUCCAAGCAUGUGUUUCACCUUUCCUUUUACAUUAACUGUAAUGUAAUCACAAGCCCAGGCAGACUUAAAUAAAUUGAGUGAUGCUUAUUAUUUUUGUAGACAACAGGGCUUCUCCUGUCAGCAUUGGGUAAUGUGUCAGCCAUGACGGAUUUAGGAGAUUCUAAAGAAGAUGCAGAGUCAUUAGUGAAUGAUGUUAAAAAAGUGGCAGAGAAGACUACUGUGAGUGGACUUCUUUUGUAUACAGCUAUUUCAAGAAAGGUUGUUGGAAAAAGUGAAUGUGGCAAUCCCAAAAGGUAUUGUGGGUGGUUUUGAAUUCACUGUUCUUCAAAGAAGUUUGAAAGAAUGACACGAGAGGCCAUGGACGUGUGUUUGCGGGUGCUAAAGGAAAGCAACCAAAGUAGGUUCGACAGCUACAGUCAUUAGGAACAGCGUAUUGAUCAUAUUCCAAAUUACCUUUCGGGAUUGUUGCGUGCACAUUUUUUCUGACAACAUUUCUUGAAAUAACUGUAUGUCCAACCAGCAAACGUAGAAUUAACUAACAUAGAAACAAAGGAGGGUUAAAUUUUCCUUAACUUUUUCUUAUUGUUAGGGAUUACCCUUGUCUACUCAACCUGGCGUGAAAGUUCCUUGGGUCAGUGUGCAAAGAAAGUAGUGUCCGAUAGCCUGGGGCUAGUGGAUUUUGCUAUUGGGCUAGUGAAUUCUGUUGUCAGGCAAGUGAAGUUUUUUGAGGAAUUCAAAUUAUAUUAGAAUGGUGAAAUCAAUUCUGCUUGUCAAAAAGUUUUUGGGGCUUGUUGAAAUGACAUUUGGGCUAGUAAAUGCUAGCUUCAGCUUGCCCCGAUGGCAAGCUGUAAAAAUGACUUUCUUUGCACCCUGCUUGAGUAUUGAAACGAGUUAUUGAAAAGUCCUGAAAUGCUAUAUAUUGAUCUCUACCUGCUGUUGGGAUUUCUUUUUGGGGGGGGGGGAGGGGGGGCAGUAGGGUGGAGGGUGAGAGGCAUGUGGUGGGGGGGGGGGCUAGGUGAGGGAGGGAUAUACAAACUAAUUAGGAAUUUUGGGGUUGGGAUUGAGGUGUUAACUGUGGUUUUAGUUUGUCCACCUCUAGUCAUUGCCAUGCUCAACUGGAAUUCUUGGGUGAAUUCCCCCUGAUUAUUCCAGUGGUGGCUCUUCAGUCCUGUGAAGAAACUACAAAUGGCUAGCCUGAAACAAUACUGUCUCACUCAGGUAGCUCAGCUCUUUCAUCUCAGGGUAAGGGGAUGGGGAAGGGAGAGAGAAAGGAGUUCCCUCCCGCACCUGUCACCCUCACUUCUCAGACGAGAGAGCUUGCUUGCAAACUAAACAAGGGCUGACCUUGUUGUACUGCUAUGCAGAUAUGAAAAGGAAGCAUACUUGAAUGUUCCUGAUGUUAUUCUUUUGCAGGAACUCCUGAACAAAGCAAAAGGCUUGAUUGCCAAAGGACUGAAAAUGAUAGAAACCAAUGAGCUAUCAAAAGACCAGAUCAAACAGAAGUGUGACGAAAUAAAAGAACUGUGUGACAAGUUUGAUAAAGCUGUGGAAAAGAGAGAGGAGGAUCUGAACAAAGCAAUGGACAUACAUGAGUGCCUGGAUAUGGUGAAUUCUUACUUUAGUUUUUACUUUAUAAUGUAAAGAAUAAAAGUAAUUUCAUUUGAAGAAGGUCAAAGCAACUAGCUGAUGCAAAAUGUCAAUGGCUUGCAAUUUGUCUAUAAAUUACCCCGGACAAGUUCCUGUUCCAGAAUUAUAAUUAUGUUUUGAAGGUGUGUUUAGGUAGCAUAAUCUACAGAGUUCAUUACGAUAUUCUACCAAUUUAGUUGCUUAAAUUCUCGAAAUGGGUCAAGUGAUUGAUAGGUACUUUUACAAGAUGAAAAAUCCAAAAUUUGUCAUCGUGUAAAUAAAUAAUAUCUUAAGGCAGGAAUGACAGUAUUAGUUUAGUAAGAGCUAAAAGAACUUUUCUGUCUUGGUGGUUAUCAUGUAAACAGUAUGAAAUGAUGAAUAUAUGGAGCAAGAGUGGUGAAAUGGUAAGAGCACUUGCCUCCCACCAGUGUGGCCUGGGUUUGAAUCCUGGUGUCAAUGACGUAUGUGGGUUGAGUUUGUUGUUGGUUCUCUCUCUUAAUUGCUCCAAGAGGUUUUUCUCUGGGUACUCCUGUUUUUCGCUCUCCUCAAAGAACUCCCAAGUGUUAUUGCAAAAAUCACAAAAUUACAAAAACUACAAUUUCAUAUAUUUGAACUGUGGGAUGCAGAAAUAAAUACAGUGAAUUUUCUCAAGCUUUCUUUACAGAACUGCAUCAAUUGUGUAUUUAACAGUACUGUGAUGAUCUUCUCUGCAUAAUCUAUUUCUUCAUCCCAUAGUUCAAAUAUAUGAGAUAAAUAUAUUCAUCACCUCAUCUUCAUCGUUCCCUGGUAUAUUAUGAACCAAUUUAAUGACGAGCUGCCUGUUGGCUUACUACAACUAGUUGCAAAAAUGUUGAGACAAUCCAACGAAAAUCUGGCCUUUUUUACUUCAAAUCUCUGCUAGUCACCUCCCUCCUACCCUCCAUUCAAAGUUGUUCCUGAGCAUGGUCUUGUAUUGCUAGCAACUUUGAUAAGACGAAGAGGGGGGAUCACGAGCAAAAGAUCAUGGGCAGGCCAUUUAAGCCAAAAUAAGGUACAGUGUCUCAAGUACUUUUGCAACUGGUUGUAACUCAGUUGGUUAGAGUGUUACCAUGGAGGUCAGGGUUUGAAUCCCAGCAAGCCUGAUUUUUUUUCAGGCUUUCUUUUUGCAAUUACGAUGAUGGUCUUAAACAGUGCAUUUUUUUACCUUAUGAGAAUGUAAGAAAAUUAAUGAUGCCAGCAUUCAAAAUCAUAAAACGUCUUCAGCUGUGUGAUUUUACAUAGUUAACAAGAUUGUCCUCUAGUGAUGCCCACUGGCCUCUGGCACCUUACUUUUGCUUUUUGGUGUCUAGGGAAUUUUUCAUAUGCUUGGCACCCUUGAUUUCAGAUGUCCAGAGCACUAGGCACUCUUGAAUUUUUCUAAGACCACAGCCUUGGUUAAAAUUUUGUUUGUUUGUUUUUUUGGUCCGAAACAAAUUGAGUAUUGAUUUGCUCUUGAAAUUUUGGCUUUGGCAUCUUGUUAAGAGUGAAAGGUUAAGAAAAUCUGCAACUUUUUAUGUCUAGGUUAACAAAUGGUGCAAGACUGGUGUAGACCUUCUAGCUUUACAACCCAUAGACAGAUUCCAGUCAUCAGAAGGGGCAGAAAAAGCACUAGAAGAAAUUGAUAACUUCCUGAAGAGUCCACAAGGGAUGAAUAUGAUUAAGGUUAAGAAGAUGACCCCUGCCAGUAAUGCUCUUGGUAACAAAACACUGAUAAACAAGGUGAAAGACAGUAUGAAGAGAAUCAGUGAGGUCAAUGAUAUGAUGAUGAAGCGGGAAACGAGGUAAGUUGAUGGUGUAAAUGGAGAGAUGAUAUUAAAUAAUAUCAUCUUACAUGCAGUGAUGCUUCCGGCCAGCAUUCUACACUCUGGUAGAUUGUUAGGGUUUUUAGCUGGGGAACUGUCUAGAGAAGCCUGAUCCUUUAAAAGUUUUGUUGAGCGGCAUGUCUAAAAUGCAGGUCACUUUCCACAAGUUAGAGUACAGGUCACCAUGCUUCAGAUAAUUAAACAGCACCAAAAGUGUGUCCUAGCCGUGAUCUCUUUACAAAAUGGUCUUUUAGGUCAAGGGGAAACUGUGAAGAUCAUUGAUUUAUCUAUGAAGCCAUGAACUCUACUCUUGACAUGUUGAGUGUGAACUGUACUUUAGACCCUGCAUUUUUCGAGAUCCCAGCUUAAGGGAUAAAUAAAGUUUUAUGCUCAUAAACUGUGGGAAGGAGCUUUAACACUCUUGUCAUUCUAGAGAAAGAGAAACUCUCUUAUUCUUAAAGUGAAUCAUGAAGGCUUGUGCAUAGUUCCCACUUUUGAGUCUGUAGACAAACUCCAGCCAUGUUACCAUCGGUUACAAAAUUAAUUAUACCUACACCUAUAUAUUUCUAGGGAAGGGGAUAGGAAAUUUUGGAUUUUAUGUUAUGAUUAUCUGCCUGAUAGUUGUAUUUGGUGUUGGUUUUAUUUCAGUUUGAAGAAGCUAGUUGUUAAGCGCCCAGUACAGCCUGUAUCAGGAGUACCAGCCAAUCCGCCGCAACCCGAGGAAUCUAAACGUAAAAUAAGUUCUACCCCGAAGAGUCCGUCAGUAAUCCCUGAUGGGAAGCGAAAGUUUAGCAUGGCACCAAAGAGUCCCACGAUCAAGAGUCCGGUUAUGCAACCCAAAGAGCGAAAGAAAUCAACACCACCUGAACCUUCAACAGGAAGGCGACCUGUGUCCAUUGUGCUCGACCCAGAAUCACUUCAACUGAAAGGAAGCGUACAACAUUCUUUCUCUGAUCCUAUCAUUCAAACGGUGGGUAAUAUGAUUCUGAGUUGGUUUAGUAUUUAUGAAUUUACAACAUCUCAGCAGGGGUAGGUGUUCUUCACUGAGGCUCUAGUAUGCUUUUUGGUUAUUAAGUAAUAUAAUAGCACUCUGUAAUGACCCAAGUGAAAUUAAUAUGGCUUUUUCUCAUGUGUCAUGAUAGUCACUGUGUUAUUGAUCACUAUGUUUGUCCUCACAUUGCUGGUCGUCUGCAGACUGUCAUGUUGAUUUACUGUGCAGAACUGGUAGUAGGGGAGCUCCACGCGCAGGCAAAGCGCACUCAAGUAGAGCCCCAUAGCUAAGAAAAUUUGGUUAUCUAUCCAUCUGAGAAAUUUUGGUAGUCACAUUACCGUACAUUCACAUCACAGGGAAACCAAUAUUAAAUCUCACACUUUCUAGCUAGUGUGGAAGCCUACUACCUGAUAUUGCACAUGCAUGUUGUUGUCAAUUGACAGCUGUCAAAACAAGGUAUCUGCUGGCCAGUAUCACAUGACCAUAUUGCGGGCUCAAGUGUUGACCCAUUGAGGUCACAUGUUUUAAGUUAUCUGUUGACAAGUUACUUGAAUGUUUAGAAUUGGUCGCAGGCUCAACUCUAAGUGGAUUUCUUUGCGAUUGGUUACAAGUUUUUUGCUGAAGUAAAUUUAUUAACAGGAGCUCAGCUUUUAGCCUUGGGUGAAUCUAUAUUAGUACUGCCUGCACACUCUUAAAAAGUCCUUGAAAAUCGAAUGUGGUCCUUGAAAAGCCCUUAAAUUUCUAUGCUACACCUUUAAAAGUCCUUGAAAUUUCAUCACCUUUGAAUAUAUUGGUCUUGAAAGUGUUUCUUAAUGCUAUUUGGUUGUCUAAGAGAGAAUGUGAAUCAUAGCCCAGAGAAUUUAGAGGUGAUUUUCACAAUGUGUUUUGUGUUUUAUGCAAGAAUUAAAUAUCUGUUUAAGACAAGUGUAAAGGAACUGGUGUAACAAACAGUUCAAACCUAAAGUCCUGGUAGCUUGGACCGGGAAUGUGCAUUCAUAUGCAAAUCUGUAACUUACAUUCCUGGUAGGGUGGUCUUUGUUAUCCUUGGAAAGUCCUUAAAAAAUGGUUGCAACUUUUUGUAUGAACCUUGUAUUAGAAAUGUGAAACAUCAGGGAGAGUGCUGGGAAUUGAAGUAACAUGAAGUUUUCAAAGCUAAUUUUAAAACCCCUAUUUUGUUCUGCUACAUUUUUCAGAGAGAUGUUGUGGAUGGUACAACAAGUCCAGAAGCUUUUAAGAAGCGAGUCCAAGUCAUGACAGAAUUAAUUGAAACGGAGAAAGACUAUGUUAAGGACAUGGAAUGCAUCAUUAAGGGUUAUCUUAAAGAGUUUGAGCAAGCCGGGAAUAAGAUCCCAGCUGAGUUGCAUGGCAAGAAAAAAAUCAUUUUUGGAAACAUUGAACAGAUUUAUGAAUUUCACAAGAAUGACUUUUUACGUGACCUGGAAUCAAGCAAAGAGCAGCCGUCUCUUGUUGGGGGUGUUUUCAUUAUGAAAAGCAAUGAAUUUGAAAUGUAUGCAACUUACUGCAAGAAUAAACCAAGCUCUGAGGCACUGAGACUGGCAUACAUCAAUUUGCCAUUUUUUAAGGUGAGAUAAUUGUUGGAUUGCAACAACCCUGACCCAGAGAUAUUUUGGAAUGUUAAUGUAUCACAAGGAACGUAGAAAACAACUACACGGGAGAUAACUAAAUUGCAAGCGGCGUCAUCAAUAAUAAGAUGGACUCAUUCAAUGGAUGGAUUUUUUUUGUUUAAGGUUGUAAAACAAUAGAAAGUUCCAACAGGCAAAAAAUUACCAUACGUAUAUACUGCAAUAAGUCCACCUUUAGUUGUGGUUUUGGGAUUUACUUGUUUCUUCUGAAUUCUGAUAAAUUAGAUCGGUCAAAAUGCAUUUAAAGUUCCCAAGAGAAAAUAUUUCAAGAGGUGUCUAUAGUUUACUUUGCUACCUAAGACUAUUUUCAUCUGCAGAAUAACUUCUUCAUACCAGCUUAGCAAUUUAAUCCAAGUUGCGACUGUUACGGUCACCAAUGUGACUAACAUUUUCACCAUGGUGACUAAAACUUCUGGGGUCAGCUUCAUAGUAGCCAGGAAAAAUUCCUUGCCUUCACCCCUUAAUAAUACAGCCCUGUAUUACAGUAGUCCUUUUUUAUGCUAUUUUAAAUUAUUAUUUUCCCCUGACAAAAUAGCCACAAUGCUUGUUGUUUUUUGUUUCUUUGUGAGCAUCAUCACUUGUUGUUGUGGGCAAAUGUGUUAAAAUGGAUUUCAGAUGUGGGCUUUUCCUGAUUUUUUUCUACAGGAAUGUCAGGAUAAACUGGGCCACUUACUUCCUUUGAGUGCAUAUCUUCUCAAACCAGUUCAGAGAAUCACAAAAUACCAGCUACUGUUAAAAGAGAUGAUGAAGCUGACACUUAAAAACAGUACUGCUUAUGAUGACCUUGAGGUAACAUUAACUCUAGCAAUGGAUUUUUGUAAAAAAAUACAUGGAGAAAACCUACGCUUUCCCUUUCCCCUCUCUUUUAAAGGCAAGUUGUGGAAAUGUUAAAUUUUGAGUAGCUAUAAGGUAACGGUGCACACUACCCGAAGGCCCUCACGGCUGGAGCUUAUUUCCAGUUUCUGUAGCAUGAAGCAUGCCUAGGAGUAUUGCUACUCCCCCCUGGAUGGGAUGCUAGUCCAUCGCUGGGUUACCCCCUAGAAGAACGUUGCCAGUACCCAUUUAUACACCUGGGUGUAGAGAGACAAAGUGGAGUAAAGUUCCUUGUCUAAGGAAACAAUGCAACAGGCGAGGCUUGAACCCCGGACCUCCAGAUCCAGAGUUCGAGGUGUUUAAACUGCCCAGCCACACAGGCCUCCACUUUGAGUAACUGUAGUCAGGAGCAAUGAUUGUUGAUACUGGUAUACAGUCAACUCUUUCCAAAACGGACGCCUUUGGGUGCACUAAGGGUGAUCAGCAUCAAAGUUCUCAUUGUAAUAUCCAUGCUUUGUAAAACAGAGUGGUCAUGAGAAUUACGGAUGUGAUCACACAAGAUGAAUUUGCUUGAUAUUUUACCAACUUCUCCCCACUACUUCUGUAGGAAAUGAAUAGGGGCAACAAAUGAGAAUUCAAAUUUUGGUGUUAGGGUUUAAAAAGGGUAAAAGGAUGUCCUUCUUAUAGAGAGUCAAUUAAAGGGAGUAAAGAAAGGCGCGGGGACCAACUCUAGUUGUCUGUUUUACAGAGAUGCCUGUCUUAUAGAGGUAUUCAUUAAGAGAGAGUCAACUGUAUCUGCUGAUAAUUUAUAAUAUAAUCAGCAGUCAUUCACAAAAGAAGACUUAGAUAUAUGCUGGUCACUGCUGACAAAGCAAAAAUGAAUACGAGUAGUGACUGAGCCACUUCUGUGGGUGGGAAUUCAUGGCUAUUCUCUUGUUGGAUGACCAAACAAAACCUCCAUGCACUGAUUAACUUUCUCAAGGCACUGGAAUGUACAAAGAUGAGCUAACUAAACAUUAUUUUGGAGGUGAAGAGUGGAAAUGGCCUGGGCUACUCACCUGAAGUGAAUGAUUGAUUGAUUGAUUGAUUGAUUGAUUGAUUGAUUGAUUGAUUUGUAUAGUAUGGAUUUGACAUUGUAGUGUGAAAGAUGUCUUUGUCACUGUCUAUUUUUUGUGAGUUCAAAGGGUUGCUUAUCAUGUUUGCACUUUUAGUGAAAGGGCUUAAUGCUGUUGUUUUUAUUUUUCAUUCUUAUAUUAUUUUAAUAACGCAAAGUAUAUUGUGUUUGUUAAAUUUAACAGAAAGCUCUUGAAACAAUGCAAGGUGUGUUGAGGCAUGUAAAUGAUGUAAUGCAUUCCUGUGGCAUUAAAGGCUUCCGUGGCAACCUUGCAGAGCAAGGAAAGCUGCUACUUCAGGAUGCAUUUAUGGUUUAUGAGACACACAAAAACUGGAAUUUACUACCACUGAAAGGUGGCAAGCAGCGACAAGUCUUUUUGUAUCAAAAAAUGAUCAUAUUCAGCAAGAAGGAUAAUGAUGACACUCAAAAAGAUUCAGUGACGUAUCAUUACAAGAGAGAUAUCAAGGUUUGGUAGUUCAGAAUUUUAUGUCUAUUUUUUCCUUGUGUGUAACUGUUGUCAAAGAACUAUUUUAUGGGUCCUUUAUUCAAGGUCACUACUCAAUAAGGGGUGGUUUUUUUAGUUUUUAACCCUUGAAGCCCUGAGAGUGAUCAGCAUCAAAUUUCUCCUUGUAAUAUCAAUGCUUUGUAAAACAGAGUGGUCAUGAGAAUUAUGGACAUGAUCACACAAGAUCAAUUUGCUUGAUAUUUUAUCAACUUCUCCCCACUACUUCUGUAGAAUAUGAAAAGGGGCAACAAAUGAGAAUUCAAAUUUUGAUCUUCAGGUUUAAAGGGUUAACGAAAGGGGCUGUGUCACCUCUGUCUAGUUCAUUUUGUUAAUAAUGCCAAUUACGAAUCCUAAUUUGCUGUGGAAUGUGAGAAGGAAAUUACUUGUGAAUAGCAAAAUCUUAGCUUUGUGUCAAACAAAUAUGUCUCCCAAGCAUAAAAUCAAACGUGACAAACAAAAAAGCUGUUGGAUCUCAUUUUUUUAGCAGCAGUUUAAGGCCUUGUUAGAACGUUAUUUCUAAUCAUGCUGCUGAAGGACCACAUGAACAGGUUAACAAACUUUUAGGCCAACAAGAUUUCAAGAAACCACCAUUGCAGUCCAUUUCAAUCUUCUUAAAUAUGUAUUCUUUGAAUGUUUUUAAGAAGUGUUAUUUUUAUGUUAUUCACCCAGUUUGGUGUCAGUUCCCAUCAUUUGAAUUUUGACAAAUUAAGUUUUUCAAUGCAGCCCCCUCAAUUAAAGUUCCCGUCACUGUCAAUAUUAUUAUGUUUACAUUCUGUUUGAUAUGAAGUUACAGAAAACUUUUCCAUGGGUUGUUAAUUUGAAGGAAAUGCUAAUCCAGGAUCAAAACAAGACCUAACUCCUGUAAGCCUUGUGAGUUUGAGUAAUGAGUCUCUACUUUGCUCUCAGUGCAAAUUUUGCUUUUUAACAUGUGGUUCCACAAAAUACCCAUAGCCAAUUUUUUAGGGUAAAGGGAAAAUUUUGAAGAUGUGCCAGUAAUAACAUGCCUAUUAAUAUUAUAACAAAUAAUAAUAAGGGCGAUAAUAUUUCAGAAAAUUUAGACGGCAAACGAAAUUGACCUCAACAUGCUUGACUGUGUUUUAUUACAUUAUAUUGUUUUUCAAUUUCCUAGACUUGUGAUAUGGGAUUUACAGAGGCUGUAAAGGAUGACCCAGACAGGUUUGAGCUUUGGCUUCAUGGACGGUCAGAAGUGUUUGUCAUGCAAGUGAGUUAGCUUUUGUCUAUUUUGACUGGCAGGUUUUUGCCUUAUACACCCUCAUGUCAAUACUUUGUGUACUGCUUUCCACACAUUCCCUAUGCUACGGUUUAUUAUGGAUAUUUUAAGAAUCAAGACCACGUUAGUUUUGCUAACAGAUAUUUUUUCCUGAAAUAUGAAAUAGAGAACUUCAUUGUUUUUGUGGUGGAGUUUUAAGCUUUUAUCAGCAGUCACUUGUAAUGUACUUAUUUCAGGACUGUCACUAAGGGCCAGGUGCUGGGAAUUUUCCCCGCCUACUAUAUAUGAACACACCCCAGGGCUACUUUCAAGUAAAAAAUGGAGAAAACGAGAACCAAAAGAAAUCCCUAGCUGUUUGAUUCUCCACCUAAUUAUUGUAUUUACCCUGUGACUUGAAAUCGUAGUGACAGUCCUGUUAUUUAUUCAUUUAUUUCGUAGCCUUUAUCAUCAGAAGUCAAGAACCGAUGGGUGAAGGAAAUAAGGAAUCUCAUGUGGUCACAAUUUGAUCAAGUGAAAGGUGCGUACUGAGAUUAAGUCACAAAUAUGUCAAACCUGAAUUUUUUCAGGUUCUUUUUCAACCACUUAAGGUUGUAUUUUUUCAACUGCAAGGAUCAUUUUCACUGUUAUAUCUUUAUCCACAGUUAAAAAAUAUGAGUCAUUUCAUAUCCACAAUCAGAUAUAGCUACGAACUCACAACGGCCUGCUCUCCAGUUGGCUUGGGCAUCUUAGUGGAUAGAGCAUUGCGUCUGAUCAAUCGCAAAGGUCAGGGUUCGAUUCCCAGUCAAGGUUGCUUACUCAACUGCGAGGAUCUUUUCCACUCUAACUUCAUCCUUUUAAGCCCAAACAAGCAUACUGGGCUCUGCUCUCCAUUCAUUUCUUGGUUUGGAAGUGUUGGUCUGUGUAGAUGCCUUGUUGUGUUAAUAUCCAAUAAUUUUUUCAUAUUUGCAGAAGCUGUUACAGAACAAUCUGGACAGCAAUGUAAGAGAUCAUCAUUUUUUGUUGUGGAAGUGAAAAUUAAUAUUAAUACACUCAACAGACGACACAAAGCAAAAACUAAUGGUGUAGAGGGAGGUUUCUGAGAUGAAAGUUGAGGUGUCGAGUUUCAUUUUACCAUUUGAUUUACUGACGGUACUUUCAGUAGCAACCAUUAAAAAAAAAAGAGCUCAAUGGUCAGAUAAAACUGUAAAUAGUAUCUAAGUAAACAUUGAGGUGCAGGAGUGUACUGUUUGAGUUUCAUAGCCCGGGUCUGUACAAUUAUUGUUUUUCUCUACAUUAUUUUUUAUGUCCAGUCAGGUGUAAAAUGUUCACCAGUAACUUAGUACUGAGUCGGGGCUGGGGAGGUUGGAUUGUACAUAAGAGUAGGGGUCAAUAAGUCACUGUUUGUUUAAUUCAAGGCGUUGAAUAACAGACUCAGGGAUAGACCUCAGGGGCGGAUCUAGGGGGAGGGUGCAGGGGGUGCGCACCCCCCCUUAAAUGACCUGCGGUUUUCUAAUAAAACUGGUAUUCUGCAAAACAAAACUAUGUGGUUUAUUGCUGUUGACGUAGAGCAAGAGACAAGUGCACCCCCUCCUAAAAAAAAUCCUGGAUCCGCCCCUGGACCUGGCCUUGGGCUCAAUUCCUGGUUGGACCAACACUCAGGGUCUAAACUAUAAGUGAGGAAAACAAUAAUAAGCUGUCACUGUUGCUUUGGUUUGUUGCAGUGGUUAGCUCGAAAGCUAAGCUCCUUUGACCACCGUACACUUCAAUCCAAGCCAUUAAUCCUCUUUUUUCCUUCUUCUUCUUCUUUAUUAGUGUAUUCCUCGAUCCUUAGUAAAUUUAAUGUAAAUAUAAAAGUGUGAAUAAAAUUGAAUUGAAUAAUUGUUGACUGCACACAAAAAAUUAUGAAUUAUUGCUAAGACAGCUAGCGCUAUACAAAUAAGAUAACAAUUUUAUGGUCAUUUCUUUGGUUAGAGUUCUCAUCUUGUUAAGACUGCUUGGGAAUGCCUUGCUUGACUAUACUCAUCAAUACAGUUAGGGUAUCCUUAGGAGACUGUCUUGUUGUUUACCUUGAUUUUAGAUCCCAGUCGAUGGAAGUCAACAACAUCUUUGGCAUCACCAGGUGUUCCUGCAGAAAAUGAACUGCGUGCAAGAAGUCAGUCUACAUAUUCACUAUCUGGAACUGGCACUGUUGCCAAUACUAAUACUAGGUAACUGUAAAGCAAUUCAUGUCUUCUAUGUUAGUAUAUCUUUAGAUUUAUAAAUUUUGUUUGAGCUUGUUUGUUCACUUGACUUAGGGUUUCCAACAUCAUGGAAGGAAAUAGCAUUGAUGAUGAUGAUGAUGGAUUUGACACUGAAGAGUUUGAUUCUUCAGACAACAAUGAUGAAACUCCUCCUAAACCCCACAGCCAGACAGAAUAUUCACCUAUAUUGAUAAAAACACAAGCUUGUUUGUUCACUUGACUUAGGGUUUCCAACAUCAUGGAAGGAAAUAGCAUUGAUGAUGAUGAUGAUGGAUUUGACACUGAAGAGUUUGAUUCUUCAGACAACAAUGAUGAAACUCCUCCUAAACCCCACAGCCAGAUAGAAUAUUCACCAAAAACACAAGCUGAGGUACGAGUAUUAUAUUUUAGUUUUAAUUUAGUGCCAAUCCAUAGCAAGCAACUAUCCAUAGCAAGCAAAAUACUAUUAAGCCAUCACAGGUGGAGGAAGGAAGGAAUUUUAAUGCCAGUCAUCUAUAGAAUCUCAAGAAACUGUGUGAGCCUUGGUCAAAUGAGGAAAUGGGCCUUCACGAGAAAUGAAAAAAGCUCUUUCCAUAGUAAGAAUACAAACCCAAGGGGGUACUGUGCUUGCCAUAUGCGGGUGAUAUACGGUUGUGCUGCGAGCAGUGAAGGGUGUGGUUUGCAAGGAGUUUACGCAAAAUGAUAUGUAGUGUGAGAUGGGUUAUACAAAUCAGAGAGUUUGGGUCAAGAAUAGGGAAUAAUUUUCCAGGAAACUGGUCAAUUGGUGGAAGAUUUUAGUUUAGACUAGGAAAAUUGUAAUGCACUCAUAGCUCAGUUUAACAGCAAAAAAAGCAGUUUCUGGAAAAAAAGCAAUUAUAGGAUAGGGUGGGAUAUUGGAAGUUUAGUCUAGUAUAGGAUAGCAAAGAUGAAAUAAACUAAGUUUGGAAUAGGGAAGUGGUUCUGGGUCCCCACCAAAAAAUUCCUGUAAAUCCCACCCCUGGGAAUACAAGAGCCACAUUCCUCUUCCAACUGAGAUAUAAGUAUGGAGUUGGAUUAAAGCCAGGUGGCACUUUUAAACUAUUCGUGUAAAAAUGAUUACUGUUUGGUAACUAAAAAAGAUGACUUGUGGGACAGACACUGCUUGAGCCAAAAUAAAUUUAUCAGCUCGUAAAGCCUUAUUUUAUUACUGUUUACAGCAUAAUCAUCAAGAUUUGCCAACAAAAGGUUCAAGAUACUCUGCUAUUGCAAGCUACACAGCUGUGGAAAACACAGAAGUAUCCUUCCAGGAAGGUGACAGCCUAGAACUCCUGCGAGUUGGACAAGAAGGAUGGUGGUUUGCACGGCACAUAGAAAAUGCAAAAGAAGGCUGGGUUCCUGCCAGUUAUUUGGAGCUACAGUCUCCAUAAUGGUCUGGUUUUCCUUCUUGGAAGUUUCUGAUCUAGAUUGAACUAUGCUAUUAAAAUUGAUAACAGUAGUUGCAAAAUUUUGAAAAUACUCGUCAAAGGUACCUAAAUUUGGAUGAUGACCAAUUGGUUUUCUAAUACAACUGUUAUUCUUAAAAAAAACUCAUUUUUUGUGGUUUAUUGGUGUUAAAGCCCUGAGAGCAAGACAGUUUAAUAGGACAGUGCACCCCAUCUCCAAAAAAAAAAAAUCCUGGAUCCGCCCCUGGAACUAUGCAAUUAGAAUUGAUAACGGCAGUUGCAAAAUUUUGAAAAUACUCGUCAAAGGUACAAAAAUCUGGUUGUACAGAUGACUUCAAUUCAGGUACCAAAAUAUUAUUGAACACCAAAUUAAUUGGUACAAAUACUUGUCAUUUUUUUGGCUCAAUUAUACCUUAAAAGGUAUUGGAACAACUCUAAAAGCAGUUACUUUAGGUUUUGGCACUGUCAACAGCACUAAUGUACAAAUCUUACCCAAUAGUAUGUACAAUGUAUAGUGUAGGGUAGUCAGUAGUGGCAAAGAAUAGUGUUGAAUAUGUCAUUUUUACCACUGAAUGGCUGAUAAGCAGUAUAAAGAAUUAGGGUUGGUUAUUGAAACAAAGUCUAACUUAGAUCUCUCCAGAUCUCUUCCUUAGUGGGUUAGUUUAAAAAGAUAAAUGCUUUUCUAGUCUUUGCUAUGUGCUAUCAAGAAAAUGUUCACGAUAAAUGAGUUAUGGUAUUAAGAUAAAAGCAGUUGGUAAAGUGAAAAUGACUUAGAAUGCAGUUUGUUAAACACUGGCUAAACUCUGUUUGAAUAACUGACCCUUUAUGUUUAGAAUAAUUAUGAAUAAGAAUGUAUCAAUGUCCAUUGAUUGUUUUGCUUGUACAUAGAUCUGUUUGCUUGUCAAGCUGAUUCCUCUAAGGAUAUCCUCACUGUUUCCAUGGUUGGAAUUUAUUAGUCAGGUUUGUGACACAGCUAUGACUACAAUACUGAAAGAAAAAAAGAUGCCAGAAAACCACCAACGAAAUUUAAAGCGUUUAAGUCGGAGUCAUUUAACAGUUCAUUGAAAACUUUAGACCACGUUAGUAAAAUUAGUCAAAUUAUUCAUUUUUAUGGCCAGUCAUUACAAACGUUGCUUAUAAACACACUGCAUUAUACCUUGUAAAAAAUAAAUAUUAAUACUCCUAAAUACUUUAAAUUUUCAUUGAGUUUUUUUUGACAACACAUUGUUCAGUCUGUACGCAGACCUUUCUCAUUUCCCUGAGAUGGUUAAUUUAUAGUAACGCAUACGUUAUUUUUUGAAAGAGAAUUUUUUUUAGAACAAAUAUAACAAGGACAAGCUUUUGCCCACCCAAAAUAUGCCUGCACUGCAGGCUAGGUAAAAGGGGUCCCAGUGGUGACCAACAUCAGUUUUCUCCCAACGAUAUCCAUAA